UUUAUUUUUCAGUCAGUUGCACACAAGAUGAGUGAAGUCACGCAAGCAGUGCUGCAGGAUGAUUGUUCUCCUCACAAAUUUCAUCCUAUUAUCUCCAUACUAAAAACAAAAACAAAAAUCGUAGAUCCGGUUAACAAGAUAAAAAUUCUGACCAUUGGAGAAGAGGUCAACAAACCCAUUAAGUCAAUGGUGCUCAUUGGUGCGACAGGGUCUGGAAAGACAACUUUUGUCAAUGGCAUCAUUAAUCACCUCUGCAAUAUUACUUUUGACAGCGAUGUUCGCUAUAAGAUUCAAGAUGAGACAGGGAACGAAAGGAGACAUGAGGCACAGAGUCAAACAGACUAUGUAACAGGAUAUCUAGUGUAUCACAAUCCUGCAAUGAAACAUGAGUAUAACUUUAUGAUCAUUGACACUCCAGGACUAGCAGACACCAGAGGCGCUUAUCAACAGAAACAAAUAGUGAAACAAUUAAAGUUUUUUUUGAAAGAAGAGAAGUUUGGUGUUAACGAACUUCACUCCAUUGGAGUUGUAAUGCAAGCCACUGUCAACAGAGCAAUGGGAUAUCUGACUAACAUAAAGGAUGAAUUUCAUGAUUUGUUUGGAGCAGAUACAGCUGACAUAACUAAUCUUUUGUUAACAUGCAAAGGACCAGGAAAAUCAAAAGCUCCAGAGGUUUUAAAAUCAAUUAACUGGAAGGUAAAAACAACAUAUUCUUUUGACAAUGCAGCACUGUAUGAGCCUAACAAAACAGAGGAAUGUAAUAUUUCUGGCAUGACGGAAGAUGAAAUUAAUGAAAGCCAAAGUUGUUGGACAAAAUCAUCUAGAGAAUUUAAUCGUCUGGUACAAGACCUUACUGAGACUGAGUCAGUGAGCCUUAAACUUACCAGGGAAGCUCUUCAAGAAAAGAGUUACCUGGAGAGAACACUCUUGGAUUUUAAAAGAAACAUAGAAUACAGUGUUAAUAUGCUUAUUGUAAGCCAGAGUCAAAUGAAAUUGCUUGAAAACUAUGAAGAAAGUAUGAAGAAGAACAAGGAUUGGAUUGGAAAAGAGAAAGUGAGCAGAAAAAUUAAAGUUCCAACUGAUGGCACAUUCACCCAUUCUCACAACUGUAAGAACUGCGACAUAACAUGUAUAUCUUCAUGCAAUGGAAACUUCAUUUGCUGGAAUCCAGUAACUCUUUGGAAUCAAACAUUAUUCCCAUACUGGACUACCUGCUCAAAGUGUCACUGUCAUAAUUCAUCUCACGUUAAAGAAAAAUUUAUUAUCAAAGAAGAGAUUGUUGAAAUUGAAGUGACAGACGAGCACAUGAAGGAACAGUAUGGAAUUGCCAUCAAUAAUAAGGCAGAAGUAGAGAAAAAAUUGAAAGAGUUUGAGGAAAAAAAUGUUAAGAUCACUGAAAGCAUGGCACAAGCCAUCAAGAGAAUUGUGAAGCAUACUGAAAAGAUCAGCAUUAUUGGAAGGAACACAAACUCUCUGACAGCUAAACAGUAUGUUGAUAACAUGAUAGCUGACAUUAUGAAGAGCAAGAGUGAGAGCAUUUCUGACCCAGACACUAAAAAAUAUAUUUGCUCUGUAUUAGAAAAACUUCCAAAGAUGGUUGAUGAGAUUGACCUUAAGCCUAUUCAUGAAGAAUAUGAAGGGCUACGUAAGUAUAUUAAAAGCCUAAAUGUCUUAGGAAAAUCAUCACAGAACAAAAAACCUCAUUAAGGAUGGUCUUAAUGUUGUUGCCAGAAAUAUUACAAAAAUUUGGCAACAAAACAAGAUGAACAACAUUAAGAUGUAAUAAAAUUUGUGAAAAAGACUUUACAGUGACCCUGAAGUUAUAGUUGUGCUGUAUGACCCUUAUGGUUUAGCGCUUCUUUUUGAUAAUAAUAAUAAUAACUUGAACUUAUAUAAAUAUAUUCCAUUAUUCUAUCUUAGAAAUAUUAAUAUUACAAGUAGUUAUGAUGUUAUAUUGAUCAAGGUAAAAUAUUGGUGAUUCUUACAUUUAUAUAUAUAAGGUAUAUUGUGAAAAAAAAAUAUAUAAGAUAUUGUUAAUGGUUGUAAGUCAAUAAUCAAAUAUAGUAUAUGACUAUUGUAAUUUUUUGGAAGGAAGGAGCCAGGAAACGCUGGUAUAUACUUAAAACUAAAUUAAUUAAAUAUGGUAUAAUUUUUGUUGGGGAGACAAUGUCAGUCUUUAAUUAUUAUUUUCAAGAUGGUACAUUCUCAAUAUUUUGAUUUUCUUAUGUAGAGUGUAUGAAAGAACUGAAUAUAUUAUUCUUGUGCAAGUUAAUACAGUAGCAAGAAAAUUUGUAUAAAUAAAUCCUCAUUGUGUGUAUCAAAUUUAUUACUGAGUUGUUUAUGAACAUAUAUACAC